UAGCCAUGGAAGCUAACUAACAGAGUUAAUAUGAGCCCUUCUCUCGAAUGAUGAGGAGAUAAUUUAAUUAACAUGUGAAAAUACUUACUGGGUUUUCAACAAUAUGUCCUCAGAGCAUAGCAUUCCAUCUGAAGACAUUAACAAUCGCACUUUGGCUAUCCCACACUUAUGGUCCAUCCUUUGAGGCUUGAUGACCUUUGCAUUGAUAUUGCUUGUCUGGUUUUACAGUCAACACCAGCCAGUAUCACCAGAUCAGAAGACUUUUUUGGUGCCAGAGCAAACUGGCUAGGGAUCUUACAGCCUGCUUUGGCUUCUAAGUCUUUCAUGCCCCAAAAUGAAGAAAAAAAGAAGGACUUAUUUACGAAAUCAACACUGGAGACAGUAUUAAAGAUUUUACUUGGUGUGGAUCUUGACACUACAAGCGAAGAAGGCACCCUAUUUUCCAUUUCUUUCGAUGAAGCUAGUGCAUUAACUUGUUAUCGCUACGUUGACACGUUUUGGAAAGUGAAAAGAUUUCUAAACGUUGGGUCAGAAGCCAAUUUGAAGAAGUGUAUUAAAGUGGUUGCUGAAUUUGUUUACAAAAUUAUCAGCAGCAAGACUGAACAGAUGAACAAAUCGCAAGAUGACAGGGUGAUGAGCAAAUCAGAUAUUCUAUCUAGGUUUCUGGAAAUGAACGAAAGGGAUCCAAAGUAUCUUAAGGACAUAAUCCUUAGUUUUAUAAUUGCUGGCAAAGACACUCCAGCUAGCACACUUUCUUGCUUUUUCUAUAUGAUGUGCAAGUACCCUUUCCUACAAGAAAAAAUUGCAGAGGAAGUCAAGAAAUCAACCUUGGGCUAUGGGCAGGAUGAAAUUUAUAUGGGGUGAUGAUGCAGAGGAUUUCCGGCCAGAGAGAUGGUUUGAUGAAAAUGGUUGCUUUCGGCGAGAAAGUGCCUUUAAGUUCACAGCCUUUCAGGUAACACAGAACCUUACAAUCUGAUAAUCAUUAGUUAACGACUAUAAUAAAAACUUCUAGGAGCUUGGCUUCAUUAAACCGAAUUAGUUUUUCCUGUCCAGCCUUGAUAAAGAACCAAUCUAAUCGCUAAGGUUUACAGCCUUAAAAGAUUAUGAUUGAUGAAUGGUAAAAUUUUGUGAUAAACUUAUCCAAAGAUUUUAAUGGAAAAAGGUAAUCUACGGAUCUAACUCAUGUAAUGAAUGGCUAACC